AGCCGUGGUGGUGAAACGGGGGUCUCCGAACGGGUGCCGCGGCUCUCCGCAGCGUCCCGUUGGGCAUUGCUUUAUGGAUCCUGAUGAGACACACGAGGAGGAGAGGGCAAUGACCGCGCAUUCCAAGGUAGCUCCAGAAGACCGACUACCGUUGAAGGGUGGCAAUGGGGAGGUCAUGGACUCGACUGAGACCAUCCGCCCGCUGGUGGAGAAUGGCGAGGCCUCACCCACACGUGUGGUGGCACCGUUGACCUUGCUGCCCCAGGAGGCUUUGGACACCUAUCUCAAGCGAAUAGGAUACCAUGUGGUGGAAAAGGUCAUGCGAGUGCUUCCUUUUUUCACCUUUUAUGGGGGCACUUUGGCCCUGAUCACCUGUGUGAUCUUGAGAUAUCGCUGGGGUGUGCUCAUGUCAAUGAUGCUUUAUUCUUGCUUCAUGUUCAUGAGCGCUGCCGAGUUGGUGGUGUGUGGAGCCUGGGGCAUGCUCAUGGUUUGGAUGACGGUCCGCAAUGACUGGUACGCGAUGUACCUGAAGGACGUUCUCGGAGACGAUCGGAGUCCCAAAGUGCGUCGAAAUGAAUCCGCCGGCUCCCCUUUGGCGGGAAGUGGCAACGAGUCACCCACGCUGGAUCGCACAAUGCCGCCACCAACACGAGUUUGGGCCGAGAACAACGGCGAGAUUGGGUGGAAUGAUUUGCUUCAUGUGGUCAUGAUCCCCACCUACAAGACUCCGAUGGACUGUUUACGGAUGGCUUUACACGCCUUGAUGAAGUACAGCCUUUGUAGGACGAACUUGGCUGUGUGCUUUGCAUUUGAAGAGCGUGAGCAAGAUGCUCACGAGAAGGCGGAGCAGAUCAAGCAGGAGUACGCGGGCGAAUUUGCCUUCGUCACAGCAGCGUUUCAUCCUCCCAACUUGCCGGGACACGUGCCGGGCAAGAGUUCCAACGAGUGCUGGGCAUUCCAGGAACUCGCGAAGGAGUUGCGAACGCAGAGAGGCUUCGAUCCGGAAGACCCACGGGUAGUCAUCACAGUGAUUGAUGAUGAUUCCGAGCUGCAUGAAAACUACUUUGAGGGACUGACCUAUCACUACUUGAAGGCAUCUGAUGAGGAGCGCUACAUGACCAUGUUUCAGCCUCCAAUUGUGCACUUCAAGAACUUUCUGACACAGCCCAUUUUGGUGCGGAACGCCUCACUGUUUACAUCGCUACACGAGCUGGCAUGUUUAGCAAAUCCGGUGGACUGCCACGUCGCUUUCUCGAGCUAUUCCUUGAGCUUCAUUUUGGCCAAUGCUGUACAAGGCUGGGAUCCAGAUUUCAUCUCGGAGGACUGGCACAUGACAGCCAAGACCAAACUGAUGACUGAAGGUCGUGCUCGAGUGAAGCCAAUCUUCCUGCCCCUCAUGAACUAUGCACCAGAAGAGGAUGACGCUUGGAGCACCGUGAUGUCCCGCUGGACACAGGCAAAGCGCCAUGCACUGGGCAUUAGUGAGAUCGUGUACGUGGCUACGAAGAUGUAUAUUGGAAUGUGUGAGUGUGGUGAUUUCUGGCGAGGAGCCACUUUUGUCUAUCGUAUGCUACCACUCUUCGGAAAGUUCAUCGCAGUACACUUUGUAGUGGGAACUUUGGCAUUUUGGCCACCAUUGUCGCACAUUCUGAUCAACUUCUACAUGUGGCACUCGUGGUGCUACAUCGAGGACCUACAAAAGACCUGUAGCGAGUGCUGCGUACCGAUGGCCGCAGCCACGGAAGUGGGCAUCGGAGAGGAGCGAAUCAUUUUGAACAGCUGGAUGGUGUACUUCCAGGAAAGGGCGAAUGCUUGUUUUGGGCUUGGCCUGGUGAUUGCAGGCAGCUGGGGUGCAUUCUAUUUCCAUUUAGUGGCAGAUCGAGUGGAAGGGGAUUGGUAUGGCGAUUGGGUGGUGAGGAAUCCAAUCUUCCUUUGGAUUCGAACUACCUUGGAAGUCUCUGUGUUGGGCUGGUUCUCCUCAGCGGCUUUUGGCUCCGUCCCGGAAUGGGUUGCAGCAGCAAGAAUUAUGUUUACACUUCAGUUUCACCACGUAGUGGCAGGCAUGGUGGGUCGCAAAGAAGAUGGCGGUGGCGACGGAAGCCUUUGACAUGCCUGACGUCGAAGUGUGAGCUCUGGGCCAACAGAAGUGUCCAUGGGUUCCAUGCAAAGGCGCAUUUGCGAAAAUAUGUCGAAC